UUUUUUCUCCCCCUCCCCUUUUGUUUUGCAACCCUUUCUGUCUUGAGAAGUCCAGUCCAGACCUUAAUUUGCACCCUUGCUUUUUGGAGCAGGGGGCUGCCUCUUUUCAGGGGCAACAGUGCCUCUGUGCAUGGGCAGAGGGAGAGAGAGAGCUUUGCAAAAAAAGCAAACAAACCCCAAAACCCUCCAAAAAGAGGAAAAGAAGCCGGGGGCGGGGUGUGUGUGUGUCGAAGGGAGCAUGAACCCCCCUGGUUCAUCUAUACUAGGAUUAAAUCCAUAGAACAACAGCCCAAACCUUCCUCAUGGAAAUCUGGCUGAUUUACCUCCAAGGAUGAACUAACGGCCUCUUAUGGACAGUUCGUACAAAGUCAGGUUUUUCUUUGGUUUGAUGGUUUAACUGAGGUUUGUUAUUGAAUUUUGGCUUACGUUGUGUUGUAAUCUGACCAGAAGAUGGGCAGGGUUAAAUAAUUUAGAUGAAAGAAGGAAGGAAGGCACAAACUGAUCCAGCUUUCAAGUUCUCCUCAGACGUCUUCAGCAGGCAAAGUAGAUUUAAAAAAAAAAGAUGGAGGAAAGAGGGGGUGGAAAUCCAAAUAUUUGGGUCGGCAUUUCGAGGGACGAAGAGCUGCCGUCAAAAGAUUGCAGAAUGGAGUCUGUGACCGAGACCCUUCAGAAUUAUGGACAGAUGUUUGCUUGUCGGUACUCUUCGGAAGACAAGGAGUAUCAGAAGUAUGUCCAGCGGCCGGAACAACCCCCUCCCAUCGUUGAAAAUUGGCUAAACAGAGAACCUGCCAUAUCCGAGAUGAUUCAGACUUAUGAAAAGAUGUUUACACAUCGAUUUACGCCAGAAGAUGAAGAAUAUCAGAAAUAUGUCCAACGGCCUGCAGAUCCACCUCCCUUAGUAGAAGACUGGAGAUGCAGAUGGGGUGGGAGCCAGCGAUACAGAGAUCGAUCCAGACAUGGCAGGCAGUCUGGAGACAGAGAUCGACAUGAUCGCCAAGGAGGCCACCGAUCGGGUCAGUGGCAAGAAAGAAGUUGGGGGAACAGUCACCAGCAACACAGGCAAGGUCACGCUCCCUACUCCCAGCAUCGGUGGUCACCCCAGUAUGGCUACAGUUCAUAUUCUCAAGGGUCCCAGUACGGCCAGUAUGGCCAUUACUAGCCCAGCAGCUUCCCGUGCCUGUCGGAGAGAAGAACACGUCCCUUUCAUUCGUUUUGUUCUUUUUAACCGUCGACUUCAGUCUGUUUUAGUUUUUGGUAUGUGAUGUAGGAAAACAUGGCUCUCUUGUUGUUUUUAAAGGUGCUCUCUGUGUGUUUACACAGUGUCCAUUAUAACAAGGGAAGCAGAGACUGAAACCAGUCUCAAAGCUGAAUGAUAAACUCACUACCUCUUAUUUUCUUGUGACUCUCGCGUAUCAAGAGAUACUUAAUCAUCAGAACAAGGGCAACAUUUGCUUCGUAUUGAAAAAAUUUGCCAAUAGCCCUCGGCUCAAAGGGGAUGUUUUUCCUGAAAUGGUGAUUCAUCCUAUUUUGUAG